UCACACUUUUAUGUUUACGUGUUUUUAUUUUGGAUUUAGUUUUGUUUAUCUUUGAAAAUUAAUUAAAUAUGACAAACCUGCAACGCUGGCUGUUCUACGCAUCGCUCUUUGCGUUGCCCUAUCUUUCGAUUGUUUUGGGCACUGUGCAAACGGCAUUUACUAGCAAGUACUUCCUGCAUAUUCAGCUUCUACCUCUUUUGCUCCUCGUGAUUUUCGGCAUCUAUUCCGUUUGGACUGUUCUCUAUAGAACUCUCACUUUUAACGAUUGUCCCGAGGCCGCCAAGGAACUUCAGGAUGAGAUUCUGGAAGCACGCAAAGAUUUGAUCGCCAAGGGAUUUCGGUUUCGCGAUUAGGAAGA